UGGCCGGCGGAGGCUGAGCGCGACCUUAACGAGCCGCGGCGCCCGCCGACCAGGGCCAAGCUUGACUCCCGGGAGCUCGCUCUGCCCCGUGUCGCCGCCUCCUCUCUAUUGUCGCGGGGACGCUCGGGCGGCCGCGAUUCUCCUCCUCUUCCUCCCGGAGGGGAAGGAGUGGAGAAAGCCGAGCGGCUGCUUCGGGAGAGCGAGCCGAGGCCCCUGCCCCCGAGGCUCGGGGCUGGAGGAGGCGGAGGCGGAGGGAAGUGCGCGUCAUUCCCGAGCAGAGAGAGUUUCACCUCCAGGCUCGGGCUGCAGCUGCCAGUUGCGUGAAAGCAGCGGCGGCGGCGGCGGGCGCCAGGGCUCGAGGAGCUUCCUGGCCAUGGAGAGGAGAUCCGGAGCCGGGGACGCCAAGAGCUCGGCUCUGUGUCUUUGGACCGCUGUGUAGGCACCUGAAUUAGCCGACGCUAAGCGGGGGAGGGAAAGUGACAGUGUAUCAUGCAUGCCAGUGAUUCCAGGGGACACGCCCCUGCUUUUCUGCAACCUCAGAAUGGAAAUGGCCAUCGUUCAUCUGGCUAUGUUCCCGGGAAGGUGGUCCCACUGCGUCCCCCUCCUCCUCCAAAGAGCCAAGCUCCAGCCAAAUGUCCGUCCAUCAGACAGGAAGCCCGGGCCAGCUUUGCCUUCUCACCUGAAGAGCAGCAAGCCCAGGGAGGAAGCCGAAAACAGAAGAGGCACAAAAAUACUUUCAUUUGCUUUGCGAUUACGAGUUUCUCAUUUUUUGUUGCACUUGCAGUCGUUUUAGGCAUAUCCUCAAAAUAUGCUCCAGAUGAGAAUUGCCCAGAUCAAAACCCUCGCCUCAGGAACUGGGAUCCAGGACAAGAUUCUGCAAAGCAAGUUGUUAUCAAGGAGGGAGAUAUGUUCCGUCUGACUUCAGAUGCCACAGUGAAUUCUAUAGUCAUUCAGGAUGGAGGACUGCUUGUAUUUGGGGAUGAUAAAGAUGGAUCCAGAAAUAUUACUUUGAGGACUCGUUACAUCCUGAUCAAGGAUGGUGGGGCGCUUCAUAUUGGAGCAGAAAAAUGCCGCUAUAAAUCCAAAGCGACAAUUGCCUUGUAUGGCAAGUCAGAUGAAGGUGAAAGUAUGCCAACAUUUGGCAAAAAAUUUAUUGGUGUGGAAGCUGGAGGGACACUGGAGUUACACGGGGCACAGAAGGCAUCGUGGACAUUGUUGGCUAGAACUCUGAACUCCUCAGGCUUGACCUAUGGGUCCUAUGCUUUUGAAAAGGGCUUUAUCAGGGGCCUCAAUGUGAGGGUCAUUGACCAAGACACGGCCAAAAUUUUGGAAAGUGAGAGGUUUGACACCCACGAAUUCCACAAUGAGAGCAGACGACUUCAGGAAUUUCUGAGAGGCCAGGCUCCAGGACGGAUUGUUGCUAUUGCUGUCGGAGAUUCAGCUGCCAAAAGCCUCUUACAGGGAACCAUACAAAUGAUCCAGGACCGGCUGGGAAGUAAGCUGAUCCAAGGACUGGGCUACAGGCAAGCUUGGGCUUUGGUUGGUGUCAUUGAUGGUGGAAGUACAGCUUGCAAUGAAUCUGUGAGAAACUAUGAAAAUCAUAGCAGUGGAGGAAAGGCUCUUGCACAGAGAGAGUUUCAUACAGUGGACGGUCAGAAGUUCUCUGUGACAGCUUACAGUGAAUGGAUUGAAGGAGUUUCUCUUUCAGGUUUUCGGGUAGAAGUUGUGGAUGGAGUGAAGCUUCAUCUGCUGGAUGAUGUUAGUAGCUGGAAACCGGGAGACCAGAUUGUGGUCGCAAGCACAGAUUAUUCCAUGUACCAAGCAGAGGAGUUCACGCUUCUCCCCUGUCCCGAGUGCAGCCGUUUCCAGGUCAAAGUCAAAGAAACCCCUCAGUUCCUGCACAUGGGUGAGAUCAUAGAUGGUGUAGACAUGAGAGCUGAGGUUGGAAUUCUUACCCGGAAUGUUGUAAUCCGUGGAGAAAUGGAAGACUCAUGCUAUGCUGAAAACCAGUGCCAAUUCUUUGAUUAUGAUACCUUUGGGGGCCAUGUCAUGAUAAGGAAAAAUUUUACUUCAGUCCAUCUUUCUUACGUGGAAUUGAAACACAUGGGUCAGCAGCAGCUGGGACGAUACCCUGUUCAUUUUCAUCUGUGCGGAGAUGUCGAUUCUAAAGGAGGAUACAGACACGCAACCUCUGUGGAUGGGCUGUCUAUUCAUCACAGCUUCUCCCGAUGCAUCACUGUUCAUGGGACGGAUGGCUUGCUUAUAAAAGACACCAUUGGAUUUGACACACUAGGUCAUUGUUUCUUUUUGGAAGAUGGUGUUGAACAGAGAAAUACUUUGUUCCACAAUCUGGGCCUCCUCACCAAGCCUGGCACCCUCCUCCCCACUGACAGGAAUAACUCCAUGUGCACCACCAUGCGAGAAAAAGUGUUUGGAAAUUACGUCCCUGUGCCUACCACUGACUGUAUGGCUGUUUCAACUUUCUGGAUUGCUCAUCCCAACAAUAAUCUGAUUAAUAAUGCAGCUGCAGGCUCACAGGAUGCUGGAAUAUGGUAUUUAUUCCACAAGGAACCUACUGGGGAAUCCAGUGGAUUGCAGCUCUUAACGAAACCAGAACUUACUCCAUUGGGUAUAUUUUAUAACAACAGGGUCCAUUCAAGUUUUAAGGCGGGCUUAUUUAUUGACAAAGGAGUCAAAACAACCAACGCCAGUGAUGCUGACCCACGGGAAUACCUCUGUUUGGAUAACAGUGCAAGGUUUCGGCCUCAUCAGGAUGGUGACCCUGAAAAGCCACGUGUUGCUGCUUUAAUUGACAGACUUAUUGCUUUUAAAAAUAAUGACCAUGGAGCUUGGGUCAGAGGGGGAGACAUUGUCGUUCAGAAUUCAGCAUUUGCAGAUAAUGGAAUAGGACUGACCUUUGCCAGUGAUGGAAGCUUCCCAAGUGAUGAAGGUUCCAGCCAGGAGGUAUCUGAAUCUCUCUUUGUUGGGGAGAGCAGAAAUUAUGGCUUUCAGGGUGGUCAGAACAAGUAUGGAGGCCUUGGAGGAAUAGACCAGAAGCCUCGGACAUUACCCAGGAACAGGACAUUCCCAAUUAGAGGCUUUCAGAUUUAUGAUGGGCCAAUUCAUCUUACCAGGUGCACUUUCAAAAAAUAUGUGCCAACUCCAGACAGGUACACCAGCGCUAUCGGCUUCCUUAUGAAGAAUUCCUGGCAGAUAACCCCCAGGAAUAAUAUCUCCCUCGUGAAGUUUGGUCCACAUGUCUCUCUGAAUGUCUUUUUUGGAAAGCCUGGCCCCUGGUUUGAAGAUUGUGAGCUGGAUGGUGAUAAGAAUUCCAUAUUUCACGACGUUGAUGGCUCUGUGACAGGAUACAAGGACGCUUAUGUGGGAAGAAUUGACAACUACCUGAUCCGCCAUCCAAACUGUGUCUAUGUGCAGACAUUGAACACUCAGAGUCUGACUAUGACCAUCGCACGAGAUGAGUAUCCAUCCCACCCGAUGGUACUUCGGGGAACUAACCAGAAGGCCACCUUUUCACAGUACCAGCCUGUGAUCAUGCUGGAGAAGGGCUACACCAUCCACUGGAAUGGGCCUGCACUGAAGACUAUAUUUUUAUACCUCAUAAACUUCAACAAGAAUGACUGGAUUCGAGUUGGCCUCUGCUAUCCACCAAACACGAAUUUUCAGAUUACCUUUGGCUUUCUACAGCGGCAUAAUGGCUCGUUAUCCAAAAUAGAAGACUAUGAGCCUGUGAAUUCACUGGAAGAAUUGCAGAGGAAACAGUCUGAGAGGAAAUUCUAUUUUGACUCCAGCAUGGGGCUGCUAUUUUUGUAUCUCAAAGCCCAAGGCCACAGGGAUGGCCACAGUUACUGUUCAUCUCAGGGAUGCGAACGAGUCAAGAUCCAGGCAACAACAGACUCAAAAGCCAUCAGUAACUGCAUGGCCAAAGCAUAUCCCCGGUAUUACAGAAAGCCGUCAGCCCUCAAGCGGAUGCCAGCCAUGCUCAAGGGACUCUGUCAAGGCUGUGGGACCCGUCAGGUGGUAUUUACUAGUGAUCCUCAUAAAAGCUACCUCCCUGUGCAAUUCCAGUCACCCAGUAAAGCAGAGACUCAGCGUGGAGACCUGUCUGCUAUCUCUGUCAAUGGCACCGACUUUACCUUCCGAAGUGAAGGUGUCCUUCUCCUCAUUGUGGAUGCCUGCAGUGUUCCCUUCCGGUUGACUGAAAAAAAGUUUUUUUCUCUAGCUGAUGUCCGUCUCAUGGAAGAGUAUUUAAAAACAGGCAUCCCUCCAAGGUCUGUUGUUCUGUUGAGCACGAGAGGAGAAAUAAAGCAGUUGAAUAUUUCAGAUUCAUUAGUACCUCUGGGAUUAGCCAAACCUGCUCAUCUUUAUAACAAAGGGAGUACCAUAUUUUUGGGAUUCAGCGGAAACUCUAAACCGUCAUGGACUAAGCUAUUUACCAGUCCUGCUAAAGAGGGCCUUGGGCUGGUGGAACAAUUCAUCCCUUUGCAGCUGGAGGAAUAUGGUUGUCACAGAGCCGGCACUGUUCGCAGAAGAGACCUGGAGCUGUUAAAGCAAACUUCAAAAGCACAUUAGAGAUUAACUGUAACUUAAGUGCUGGGGGAACAAUGUGAACUAACUUAUUUAAUUUAUGGGAAUUUUAAAAUGACACUGUUAACUCAAUGGAACCAUUUUCCUGUUUGAUACGGAAAGGGGAGGAAUGAGUUUGAAAUGAUUGCUUGAAUACCCGCUCAUGCACCUUCUAGUUGUACAAAAUGUUAAAGAAUGUAUUUGUAUUUGUUAGGCUGGUAUAUUUAGAGAGCGGUUCUCUCAUUCCUCACCUCCCACCCCAGUGUUUUGUAGUGACCGUGAGCAGGCCUUCACCUUUUGUAUUAGGGGAUGUCGUGGGGUGGGUUGGGGUGGGGUGGGGGCCUCUGAGAGUCGGCCUGAGUCCUCGAGAGGACCGGCUCUUGUAGCACCUUGGAUACUUGAAGUCUCAUACUCAGUGGUGUUGUUGGCUUUGGGUCAGCAGUUACUUUGGGUGGCUGGCAUGUUCAUCUGAUGCCUUGGACCAUGGUUCUAGGCAGCCUUUGAGGGUUUUAUAUGAUAUUAAAUGAUAGAGUUUUAAGUGGCAACUCAGGCCCAGCUCAUGCCCUUUUUUGCCUGGACAUGUGCUAUUUUUAUUCAUUUGUGUAUUGAUUCUUUCUAAGGGUUCAACUUUCCAACAGGAAGGACAUUGGGACAAAAGGGCUUUUAGGGAUUAGACAUCCCUUUAACAUGUGACCAUUGGACAAAAAUUUGACCUGCACCAAGGUCUGAGGUUGUUGGGACCAUUUUUACAGCUUUAAUCCUUAACCUGUUUUGACUGUAUAUUUGUGUUUCAAAUGCAGAGCUGAGCUGAAUAUUUACUUUUUUUUUUUUUUUUUAAAAAAAGAUGCAGGCCGUUUUCCUGAACUGUAAACUCAAGUCAUUUCAACUUGCACAAAGGAAGUCUGUUCUUAGAGUUGCUCCUGCGCCCAGGAUUUUUGUUGUUUCUGUGUGUAGUUUUUCAAAAAGCUUUUCUGCUCACCAUCCUGCCAAGAAAAUUGCAGAAAGCUUAAUGAUACCGGAAAAUAUGGUACUCAGGGGGAGAAAAAAGGGAGAGCCUUUUAAGGGUCAGAUCAUGGAAGGAACAUUCAGAAAGGAGCGUCCUUACAGCCUUAGAGGAGUCUGUCACAAGUAAAUUGUUAGAGCCAAUUUCAAAAGGUACCAUGACACCCUAUUGCCCUUCCACUGGGUGCAUGUAUCUCCUGCCAGUGAGGAUUGCAUGUGGCAAAAGGAGAUCGGCUUCUGGCCUGGGAUAUCACCACAGCAAGAAUCAGGAAGCAUCAAAAUGCAUUUACCUUUUCCUACACCCACAGUGCAUGUAGUGGAAGGAUGGAGGGAUGGCCACGGCCAAACAGUAGGAAGUGCAUGUAGGCUGACUUUGGCAGUGACUACAGACAAAUUUACUUUCCUCUCCCAAGAGCUACCGCUGAUGGCCUGUCUCUCGUGUCCGGGAGAAACUGCAGAGCAGCUCUGUGACUUCUGUUAUUUUACAAGAUAUGCUACCUCAAAGUGCUACCGAUAAACCUUUCUAACUGUAAGUGCUCUUCCUAAGGGCACACGUCUUAAUCAAAGUUUAGGGUGUUUUUUUUUUUUUGUAUAUUGAUGAAAGAGAUCUUGCAUAUUAAAUAUAUUAUCGGAUCAUGGUUCCUGAAGGUGAUUAAAGUUUGUGUGUGUGUGUUUUUUAUGACGUAAAUAUUUCUCAUGUGUGUGUUUUUUUAAAGAGUUUGGCUCUUUAAAGAUUUGCAGAGGGUGUGUAAUACAGUUCUAAGGCACUCAGUUUUUCUGAUUUAUAUGUUAAUUGUCAGGGCCUAAGUUAAAGAAAUAAAAAUAUGU